GUUGGGGAUUACAAUUUACCGGAUAUCAUAACAAAAACACGUCGACAAACUACUUGAUUCCUCGACUUUAGGCAUCAAUAGCGAUGCAUAUUAGUUGAUUAACAGUACAAGGAAAAUGGUAGUGUGGUGAUCGAUGCCUGUUUCGCGCUCGGCUUGUUCACCGAUCUAAUUCUCCCAGCAAGAUGAAGAAGGCACGGGGGCCGAAGCUCAGGCCCAAAUACCACUCAUUCUACCUCGCUCUUUUCUCGGUCAUCCUUGCUGGAAUCAUCGUGACCGGCGUCUUCCAGUUCUGGCCCCAUUCCAUCGAGUCGGAGAAGCAGCCGAGGUAUCAUAUUGAAAGCUACAAAAACCUGCCGGAGGUGAAGGUCUCGGAAGGGGCACCGCUGGGGGCAAAGACCGUGCAGGAGUGCCACUACCAUGACUGUUUUGACGUCUACCGAUGUGGUUCGGAGACCAACAGAAUCAGUGUUUAUAUCUACCCCAUGAAGAAGUAUGUGGACGAGGGUGGGGUGCCCAUAACGGGCCAGAUUUCGAGGGAGUUCUACGAGGUUCUCAACGCCAUCGCAAACAGCCCGUUCUACACGUCGAAUGCGGACCAGGCGUGUCUGCUUGUUCCGUCCAUCGACCUGCUGAACCAGAACACGAUGAGAGUGAAGGAGAUGGGACAAGUCUUGAAUCGGCUACCAAGAUGGAACGGAGGUACCAACCACCUGCUCUUCAACAUGCUCCCAGGGACCAUACCAGACUUCCACACGGCCCUGGAUGUUCCCAGGGGCAAUGCCAUCCUGGCUGGUGGGGGGUUCUCCUCCUGGAGCUACAGGCCCGGCUACGAUGUCAGUAUACCAGUCUUCAGUACCACCAUCUCCUCCGUCAAAAUGAACGAGAGGCCUUUUGACACGGUGCGCCCCUAUUUAGCCGUCUCCACCCAAGCCGGUAUCCACCCUGACUACCAGGCUCAGCUCCUGACCAUAGCGAGCACCAACCCAGACUUCCAGGUCCUGGACGAGUGCAAGACCGAGGAGGGUCUCCCGGAUCCAUUCAAGAGGUGCCAGGACAACAAAGCCUUCGGCUAUCCUCAUAUACUACAGGAUGCUACGUUUUGUAUUGUGCUACGUCGGACCCGCCUUGGGCAAGCAGCCCUGAGUGACGCACUCCAAGCCGGUUGUAUCCCAGUCAUCAUCAGCGAUGCCUACAUCUUGCCUUUCUCCGAAGUCAUCGACUGGAAAAGGGCGUCGCUGGUGGUCCGAGAGGAUCGCAUCCCGGAUCUUCCCGACAUCCUGCAUGCCGUGGAGCUAGAGCACAUCUACGAGAUGAGACAACAGGUCCGGUUUCUAUGGCAACGCUACUUCAGCAGCAUUGCCAACGUCACGCUGACGACGCUACAGAUCAUAAACGAUCGCGCCUUCCCUUACAAGGCAAAGGACUAUGAUUGGUGGAACGAGGAGACCCCGAGAAGAGGUGCCCAGAAUCCUCUGUUCCUUCCCAUCAUCCCGCCCAAGUCACAUGGCUUCACUGCUGUCGUCCUGACCUACGACAGGGAACAGAGUCUCUUUGAGAUCAUCAAGCGAAUCUCGCAGACACCGAGUCUCUCCAAGGUAUUGGUUGUCUGGAAUCACCAAGAGAAGACCCCUCCACCAGCUGAUAGAUGGCCCAAGAUCAACAAACCUCUGAAGGUAGUGCAGACAAAAGAGAACAAACUCAGCAACCGAUUCUAUCCUUACGACGAGAUUGAGACCGAGUGCAUUCUGGCCAUCGAUGAUGAUAUUGUUAUGUUGACGCCGGAUGAGCUGGAGUUUGGUUAUGGGGUUUGGAGAGAGUUUCCUGAUCGUCUUGUGGGCUUCCCAAGUCGUCUCCAUCUAUGGGAUGAAGCCCAGGGCAAAUGGAAGUACGAGAGUGAGUGGAUGAACGACCACUCGAUGGUACUCACAGGUGCUGCGUUCUACCAUAAGUAUUUCAGUUACGCCUACACCCAUAAGAUGACGCCGCACAUCAAGACCUGGGUGGAUGACCAUAUGAACUGUGAAGACAUCGCUAUGAACUUCCUCAUCGCUAACAUCACAGGAAAGGCACCCAUCAAGGUCACUCCAAGGAAGAAGUUCAAGUGUCCGGAGUGCACCAGCGUUGAGAUGAUCUCGGCUGAUCUCAAUCACAUGGUGGAGAGGUCAGAGUGCAUCAUGGAGUUUGAGAAAGAAUACGGCAUGAUGCCUCUGAAGACUGUCCAGUUCAGGGCGGACCCGGUGCUCUACAAGGACAAUGUUCCCGAAGAACUGAAGCGUUACCAUACCAUUGGGAGUUUGUAGGUGCUUCUCAGAUUUGACAAGAACAAUAUCCGUAUUAAAGAACUCAAGUUUGAAGCUGCAGUUCAGAGAGAGCUGGAAGGUCCAACUCAGUUUUACAAGGACAAAGUCAUGAUAGAGUCAAAGCUAUCAAUACCUUUCAAGGACAACGUCCCCGGAGAACUGAAGCAUUACCAUACCAUUGGGAGUUUGUAGGUGCGACUCAGUUUUGC